GCCCUCUACCUGCUCAACCCACCGCCGUAUACCGCCACCGUCAUCUGGAACAAUCUCGUCCCAGUUUGCGCCUAAUAGAUUUUGUUGGCGGGGAAAUUGAAGCCUGAAGGAUCGAUCAACUCUGCUAGGAAGCAGAGAAGAAGACGAAGGAGAUGAGCUUUCAGGAUCUGGAACCGGGUCGGGCAGUCGGGCCGCGGCGCGAACAAGACCCGACACGGGCUCAGGUUUUCCAGAUCAAUACCGCCGUCUCCAGGUUCCAGAUGCUCGUCAAUUCCCUCGGCACCGGCAAGGACACCACAGAGCUUCGAGAAAAGCUGCACAAGACUAGGGUGGAGAUUGGUCAGUUGGUUAAAGAUACAUCUGCAAAGUUAAAGCAAGCCAGUGAAACAGAUCAUCGUCCCGACGUCAGUACUAGCAAGAAAAUAGCAGAUGCAAAACUUGCUAGAGAUUUUCAAGAAAUAUUGAAUGCUUUUCAAAAGGCUCAGAGGCUUGCUGCUGAGAAGGAAACCACAUUCAAACCUUACGUUCCCCAAGCUAUCAUUUCUUCAAGUUACACUUCUAGUGAAGCUGAUAGUGGGUCUGGUAGGAUUCUGGAGCAGCAAGUUCUACUUGCUCAAUCUAGGAGGCAAGAGGUAGUGCUUCUUGACAAUGAGAUUGCCUUUAAUGAGGCUAUCAUAGAUGAAAGAGAUCAAGGGAUACAAGAGAUUCAGCAACAGAUUGGCGAAGUAAAUGAAAUUUUCAAGGAUCUUGCUGUGCUAGUUCACGAGCAAGGAGCCAUUAUCGUUGAUAUUGAUUCGAACAUUGAGAACUCUCAAGCUGCAACUGCAGAGGGAAGAUCACAAUUAGCUAAAGCUGCAAAGUCACAGCGAUCAAAUUCCUCUCUGAUGUGUCUACUCCUGGUGAUUUUCGGGGUUGUCCUCGUCAUUGUGGUCAUAAUUCUUGUAGUAUAAGCACGCUGGGUGCUUGAGACUUGCGAUUAUCAAAGAAGAACUUUCUCAAAACGACGAAAGUCAUCUUGUGUUGGCUUUUGCAGCUUUUUGCGGCAGUAAUGAUCUGGGAAACACUCGCGUUUGUUUUCUUUGUGCAGAUUGGCUGUUCAGUUGUACAUGAUGAUGUGCUUGGAACUUUGGAUGUUCUAAGGUGUGUUUGUUUCCACGCAAUUGUUUAUUCAUUUCAACAACUCAUAACCAGAUGUGCGUUUGUUUUCUAUGUAUAUGUUCAUUGUCACAAUGAAUAUACGAGUCUAAUAAAAUCUUCAAGUGUUUCCACGCAUGGUCUUGCGGUGUCUUGUAAUAUUUGAGAAUUUGUAUUGCUAUAUUUAUCUUUCAAAACUUCAUUGGGAGUAAGAAACAUACGGAGUAGAAAAGUGUUUGAGUGACUAAGGCUUUGUUUCAAAAUAACAUUUUGGAUAUUGU